UCUUCCCCUGGGCCCAAAAACAGCCCAUCUCAAUCAACAUGCCCAGUUGGUUUGGGCUUGUUCGCUGACUGUAUAUACUCGUUGUGUAUAUCCUCUCUCAUCGCAGGAUACUUGUUGUGUAUAUCCCCUUCCAUUCUCUCGUCUGCAUUUGAGUACCGAUGUGGGUUUGCCCCGUUUGUUUCUCUUCUGGUUUUGAUCUGUGACUGCGUAUUGUAGUAUAUUUAUUGUACAUGUCUUGUUCCAUUGCAUUGUCCGUGUGCUUGAACCCGAUGUGGCUGCAGCCCAUAUGCUCGUUGGGUAUCUACUGAGUUAGCAGAUUUCCAUCAUACUGCAGAGGGAGCCGAUUGAUGGAUCAUGGGCAUCUGUUUCUCCAGAAGAUCAAAAGUAGACACUUCCAUCACUAGCACAGGUACUCAAUCCGCUGAAACAAAAAAUCCCAAUGAUAGCAGCAGACCGUUGGCCGUUUCCCAGACAGCUUCCUCCAGUGGCACCUCUGUCUACACAGAAAGUAUUCCAUCUACUCCCAAGUUGGAGAAUGACUUGAAAUUGUCCUCCAAGUUGAAAAAGUUCACUUUCAGUGAGCUGAAGUCUGCCACUAGGAACUUCAGGCCAGAGAGUGUUCUUGGUGGUGGGGGUUUUGGCUAUGUCUUUAAAGGUUGGAUAGAAGAGAAUGGGACAGCUCCUGUCAAGCCUGGGACCGGCCUCACUGUUGCUGUCAAAACACUCAAUCCUGAUGGGUUGCAAGGUCACAAGGAAUGGCUGGCAGAAGUAAACUUUCUGGGCCAACUUCACCAUCCUAAUCUGGUGAAACUCAUUGGAUACUGCAUAGAAGAUGAUCAAAGGUUGCUUGUUUAUGAAUAUAUGCCCCGAGGCAGCUUGGAAAACCACCUUUUCAGAAAAGGGGCCCUGCCUCUCCCGUGGUCUACCAGGAUGAAAAUUGCAUUGGCUGCAGCAAAGGGCCUGGCAUACCUUCAUGGAGGGGCUGAAAAACCUGUGAUUUAUCGGGAUUUUAAAACUUCAAAUAUUCUUUUGGAUGCGGAUUACAUUGCAAAGCUUUCUGACUUUGGGCUUGCAAAAGAUGGACCUGAAGGAGACAAGACUCAUGUCUCUACUCGAGUCAUGGGGACAUAUGGUUAUGCAGCUCCAGAAUAUGUUAUGACUGGGCAUUUGACAUCAAGGAGUGAUGUCUACAGCUUCGGUGUUGUUCUCCUUGAAAUGCUUACUGGUCGAAGAUCUAUGGAUAAAAAUAGGCCAAGUGGGGAGCAUAAUCUUGUGGAAUGGGCUCGGCCUUACCUUAUGGAGAAAAGAAAGCUUUACCGUCUUGUAGAUCCUCGUUUGAGUGGUCACUAUUCCAUCAAAGGUGCCCUAAAGACUGCACAAUUAGCUCACUAUUGCAUCAGUCGGGACCCUAAAGCCAGGCCUUCAAUGGAUGAUGUUGUUGAAGCUCUCACACCAUUGUUAAAUUUAAAAGAUAUUGCAAGCCAAUCCUUCAAUUAUCAAGCAUUACAGUCACAACGCCCUAGUCGUCAGUUAUCACACAUUUCUAAUGGAAACGGAAUGUCUUCAAGGAAUGGGUAUGUAAAAGCCACAGCCAACGGCUCUCAUUUGUCUCCACAUCACCAAUCUUUGAAACAGAAUGGUAAAUCAUAAACAAGUAACAACUAAACUUUGCUUUUCCAACAUGUCUUCUUGAAUUUGUACCAUUAACUGAAACUGCUUAGCCUCAUACUUCCACAACUUUCUAAAGAAAAGCAGUGUGGUCUUGUGAGGCUCGAGUGCCUCUCUUCAUGGCUCUCUCAUUUUUAAUAAACCAUUUGUGGAGAUAUUUAUUAAUCAGCUUCAGCUACUCCAAGAAGUCAACGGCCAUGUUACAUGACUGUCAAAACUAUUUACCCAUAUAUUAUCAGGGGAAAGUUUGGUGCAGGCUGUAUCUAUUUUUGUUUCUAUUGAGACUUGACAACCAGGGAUGUUGCAUCUUUGAUUUGACUUUGAGUAAGACUAUCUGGGGGACUGAAGCGUUUUGGGCGGAAUAUGUUGGAGGCAAGUUAGUUUAGGGACAAUCUUGAGGUGAUUUGAAGAUAUGUCAGAUAGCAAAGUGGUUCCUAUCUAAAGAUGUAUAUUUCUUGUUUUCUUUUCUAAUACUGAAGUCAAGUGUGAUCUUGAUUAGACUGUCAGUUUAGAAAUUAGAAAUUAGUUGCAUUAUGUGUGAUUUUCUCUAGUUGAUCAAGAUAGAAAACCGACAAAAGUGUUUUGAGGGAGAAAUUGUGUGUCAGUUUCAUUUAUCUCACAAUAUACACCGUUGCAAGGUUGAGUCUCUUGUGAAAUUUUUGGCAGUGCAGCUCCUAAGCUUUUUCCAAAUAUGGGAACACCUUUCUGUUUAGAUCUGCAGUAGUCAACUGGCAACUACUAUUAAGGGAUAUGAUGGUAACUAUUGAUAUGUUGUGCGAUAUAUGCCAUUGCUUCAAAUUAUCCUUUGAUAGCACUUACAGUGGAAUAUCCAAGGAAAAUGGGUAUUAUUAUAGCAAAACAUUGCAUCAUUUGAUGGUCUUUGUUGUAUAUUGGGACUAAUUUUUUAAAAACAGUGUUGGAAUCUGUUGUAAAUGCAGAUCAAUGUAUCCAUGUUUAGAUUGAAAAAUCCAAGUUGAGUAAAAUAUAAUUUAGCAACGUUAUUGAUUUGUGAA